AUGGGUUCUUUUUCAACUGAAACACCUUCUCCAAUACUACCUUCAAACGACGACAACCCUUUUACACGCCUAGAAGAACUGUUAUCCAGUGACGAGGCCUUUCUUCUAGACUCGUUCGAUGUAAACCUUGACUCAAUAGAAGGUGUAGCAACUUUACGCGACUGGGGCGAAAACAUUGCUAAGACAGUUGUUAGUGGUAAGAUACAAUUGGCAAGAGAAAACCCACCUCCACCAAUCUUGCAAAGUCUCGUCACGCAACUUGGGCUUAAUCCACCAUCUAAAGACCUAAAUAAUGAGGAAGUUAGCAAGCUUACUGCGAGUAGUUCUACAGAAAGACAGGUUGAAGCGUUGAAAGCAAUGCUGCUCCUUGAUUCAAUAUACGACUCUGUCACUGAAAUCCCGUAUUUUCGUUCUGAAGAGACAUAUGAACCUUUCGCGCCACGUUCCGCACCAGUUGAAGCGAUUGUCACCUCGGUAGCUAUUCGUAGUCGACAAACCGCUGAUAAAAUCUUAGACGACAUCAUCACAGUUACGAGCACCACCACAACUACUUGUAAUACCGCCAAUGAAACAUAUUGCUACAAAUCGGAUCGUACGAUUUUUUAUAAUUCUUUGUCGGCUGGUUUAUCUUCCGCCGUAUUAAAUCACGUGUCAAAAAGUACAGGAAUUGACGCAAAGACUCAUGUAUUGGUUGAUGUGAUGAGCGCAUUGGCCAUCCAAGUACACAUGGUAAAGAGCAUUGCGUCCUUGGCUGGAUUAGAUACGAACGAUGAUGCAGUGCGAACAAUGGUUUAUCUAUGCGUAGCGUCAAAUAGCGCGAAAAGUUCGACUGCGCAAAUUGCACGCGAUUUAGCUACGAUCAUGAUGCGUCGAAUGGUUACAAGUAUACCAAACACUGCAUUAGCAGCUGUUAACAAACGAGUUGCAAUAAAGUUGAUUACAAAGAAAGGCACUAAAGGAGUGUUUAAGCUUGCCAGACUAGUGCCAUUAGUAGGCGAAUUAAUCACUUUUAUAUCGGAUGCAAUGUCAACUUAUGGAAUCGGCAAAGUGGCAAAAUAUGUCUUUUGUCCUAUGUCACCUUUACCCAAUGAAAAAUCACCACCGUCAUCUCAGAGCACACAAAAAGAUGAAUUAUAA